AUCAUCGAUGCAAGUGUAGGUGGGACUCCUGAUCCAGAGAGAACAUGUUUCGACGAAGGAUACCCUUUGCACAGAUAGCCUUUGCCACUGUGCUAGGAGUUGCUGGGGGAGUUUAUAUAUAUAGACCCAUAUUUGAGCCCCAGCACAAUAACUCUGUUCCAGAGACUUUGAGUCAAACUGAGGACAAUUGGAUGCCUGAGAGCCAAGGACAGUCUAAAGAUGGCAACAAUGUGCCUGAGGGUCCUGUACAGGAUGAAAUCAAUAGAACUGUGUAGGAGAGUGUGGUACAGUCUGCGGCCUAUGCAGAAGUGGCUGUCAAGGAAUCGUUUCAGUUAAUUUGUAGUUUGGUGUGUAAAUUAGACUUGAAUUUAAUAUUAAAUAAAAUCCCUUCUGCUACUGAAA